UCCACAUGCUUACAGGCAUGCUGGUCAUGGUGGGCUUCUCAGCAGAAAAGGGUAAGUGGGACCCAGGGGCAGGGAGGAAGGGGUGACCAUGAGUUCAGGAACAGGGUGGGGCUGGAUGCCUGGGUUCCCUGCAGGGCCGGGGAACUGGGGAGCGAGCCAAGAUUCCCACCCCUCCUAUCUUCUGCUUCCCCAGCUUCUGUUCCUGUUCCUGAAGUUCGAACCUGCCACUUCUGCCUCCUAGAAGACCCUGCUGUAGGUUGCAUUUCGGGCUCAGAGAAGUGCACGAUCAACAGCUUGUCCCCAUGCAUGGUGAUCACCAUCUAUUAUGAUCUAAAGCCUCGCUUUAUCAUCCGAGCCUGUGGACAAUACAAUUCCUACCACUGCCGAGAACAGCGUAGUACCUACUUCUUGAAGUACUGGUAUCAGGCCCAGUGUUGCCAGUAUGAUUACUGCAACUCCUGGUCCAGCCCCCAGCUCCAGAGCCCCCCGUCUGAACCCCCUCACAGGCUCCUGGCCCUGCCCCUGUCUAAGUUCCAGAGCCAACGGUUCUACCAAGCCCUGAACCUCUCCCUGCCCCUGCCCAGUUUCCAUGCUGGGAUGGAGCCUGAAGGCUUGGACCUUCUGGCCACUCUGCCCCUUAGCCUGGGCUUGUCCAUUGCUGACCUGCGUCACACAUACCUGUUUCUCAACAAGUCAGGACUUUUGGUUCUUCCCCGGGCUGGACCUUGACACCUUACCCCUCCCAGAAUCCAACCUGUUUUAGCGACUCUCCGCUAAUACCCCCAGUCCUGCACUGUCUUCUCUGGAAACACCCACAUUAUUUGGUCACUGUGAUUUCUUGGGCCUCUCUCUUUUGUAUCUCCAAUAUUUGUAUAGCUUUGGUUUAAUCUCCUCUGAAGCUAGUGGGCACUUUCUUCCUGCUAAAAUAGAAUCUCAAGUGUGGAUUCUGCCUAGGCUGACCUGAGAAAGGUGCAGCAGUUUCUUUCGUUCUUCUCCCACCAUCUGAGUUCCAUCAUCACCCCUUAUCUUGCCAAUCCACUCUCAAUCCGGUCAUCUGCCACCUCCAUUCAAAUCUGGCUCCAGAUCCCCUCUCCUGUGCUUGUCUCUAAGACCAGGUGCCAGGCUGAACUUGCAGCCAGAAGGAUGAGGGGUAGACUUCUGUGCUGACUUCUGACUUGGCAGUCUGAUAUCCCUACCUGACCCAUCUCCACCACCUCCACCCCUGCCCUGGUCCACCGCCCACCCUCCAAUAUCUCUUAUCACAGCCUCUGGCCUCCUCAGCCCCACUUCACCCUCACUGAGUCCCAUCACCCACCUGCACAGGGGCCCGGGAAAAGGAGAGGAGUGGGCCUGUUCCACUCUGCUCCAAGUCUCCUGAUUUCCCUCCACAAUAAACCGGGACUGGGCUAAGUCUGUGUCACAUUGUUUGUGGGCUAGGCUAAGGAUUGUGGGCAGGUUAAAGAGAGUUCAAUGUGGGAUUCAAGCAGUACUACAGAGCCCUGCCCCCUCCACUUGGCCUUUGUGGCUUUCUCACAAAUUGCUCCAAAGGGUCCACAUCUAUCCCACCCAUUGUUCAGCUAGAGAUCAAAGCAUGGAGCCUGUAGCUCCUCCCAGCCUUAAACAUAACCCUAUGAAACCUAGAAAGUUAAACCCAGAGAAUGCCAGGUUUUUCCACCUAAGAGAGGAGGAAAAAAGUUCCCUUUAAACCAGGAAGACUCAGGAACAAACCAAAGGAUCUAAGCCCACAUCCCAGCAUCACCUGGUGCUUUGGGAUCUGAGCGCUCCUGCCUGUCCUCAGUUUGUCUCUGGGAUCCUACUACCCAGCACCCCAUCUGUGGGAGUUGAAGGAGGAAGAUGCAGGGCACACAGCCGGGGCUGCAGUAGUUGGAUCUUUCAUUUGUUCUUUUAAUACGUUUGUUUUUGAGAAAUUGCAAGCAUACAGAAAGUGGUAACGAGUACUCAUAACUCAGCCUUUCCUGUACAUUCAGUCAACCCUGGACACACUGCUCGGACCCAGGCCAGGCACUGGCACUCGCAGGUGAAUACAGCAAGUUGUCCACCCUCCACCCACCCGCCCACAAGCCUCACCCUGGUGAUGGGAUUAUAAAGCCUUUUUCUAAAAAGCAGCGCAGCUCUGUGGCUGAGAGGCCCAGGCCCACCUGUGCCACGGGGGUAAACUGGUCUGAGCCUCACUUUCGUCAGCUGUAAAGUGGAGACUGCCUUACAGAAUUGAGAGAAUGCACUUGAAUGUGCUUACCUGGGGCCUGGCACAAAGUAAGUGCUCAGUGAAUGUAAGCUCUUAAAGUUGGCAUACCAAGUGGAAGUUUGGGACCUUCACCCCCUGAAAAAUACACAUGCCCUAGAGACAAAUGCACAAUUUUUGUCCCGUUUAAACUUUGACAGCAUAAAGGAGCUUGCGCAUAGCCUAAGACGGAUUUUUGUGACAUGCACACACCUGUUCAACCUGCCCCCAAAUCAUGACAAAGGCCUUUACCAGCAUUUGAAGCUGCCUUCACGCCCCUCCCAGGCACUUAACUUGAGGGUAGCCACUGUGCUGACUUGGCAGCAACUUAGAUGAGUUUUGCCAGUUUGUGUACUUGAUAUAAAUGGAAUCAUACAGCAUAUACUUUUUAGCCACACAACGUUUUGCACACAGUUUGGGUUAAUCUUCAUGGCCCCUUGAUGGCCUAUGCUCUGGCAGGAGGCACCAAAACCGACUGUAGUGAGGUCAUGAGGCAGUUGGAGGUACAGCUCCUCAGUGUUUCCCCCUCUUUCUGGGCCCACCUUUCCCCACGACCUCAACUUUAGUAAAAGAGGAAGACCAGGCUCAUAUAACUCUAGCAGAUCAAACUGGAAGACAGCCUCAGAAGCUAAGAUCCCAAAUUAGGGAGGACCUUGCCAAGGUCCUUGAAGAGGGAAGCCAGACCUUGGGAUCAGAGUGGUCAGGAUUCUGGCCGAGUAUCUCCUCCACAGAGCAGCUUCCUCCCUGGGCCUGGCCCUCUCAUAGCUCCACUCUCACCAGCACUGCCCAUAACGCUCUUCCGAGGAUGCCCACUGCUACUUUGGCCUUCACCAUAGAAAGACGUCCAGUUCAUCUCCAUCUUUUUCAGCUUAGAGCUGACUUGGAGACACUCAGGCAGGGCCGGAGCAGAGCUCAGCCGGGCUAGGAGCCAUGAUGGGGCAGUCAGGCAGGACCACCUCCCUCAGCAUCCCUUUCCCUGGAAGAGGUACAUACACCGAACAGUUUGCACACCAAUUUAUUUUGGAGGAGCAUCUGGGGGCUUGGAGGGAGAGGGGGAGGAAGUCAACAGGAAAGAUGUCAGAUUGUGAGGCUCUGAUGGGAAAACUCCAGAAAAUUCUGGAGAGGGAGCUUUGGGGAGGGGCAGAGGGGUGUUGAGAGGUGGCCACCAAGAGGAAGAGAGCUAGGGUUGGGGUCAGGUGACUCAAGGGAGGCAGGGAGAACUGGAGGGAGGGGCUGGAAUUGUCCCUGUUGAGCCCAGGUGGAAGUUGGGAGGGUGACUGGAAACGUGGCAUUUUCCUCCAGAGGUCUCUGCAGUCGUUCUAAGGAUUAUAGAUGGCUCUGCUCUGAGGGUCAUUGCAGAAAUCCAGGAAGCAGCAUCGAGAGUAUAUCCAGAAGCCAAACACCGGAGAAGUUCGAGUAUAUGAGCAGUCACUCAUCUGUUCCUUGCGGCGGCAGUCACUCACCAUGAUGUCAGUACUACUGCCUGGGGGAGGGGCCACAGGUGCCAGUGAUAGGGAGGUCCAUGGGCAAGGCCCCAAGCCCCCUCAUCCCUUCACUCCACAUCCCCCACACCCUGCCCUGGGCCAAAAAUUAAAGUGACUUCUAGAAUCCGGCUGGGGUAGGGAGUGCUCGGUGAGUCACCAGCCAUGGAACUUGGCAGAAGUUUCCCACGGAAGGCUGGGGGAGGGGGUCAGAGAAAUACAGCAGUGGUUAAGAAGGGACUGAGUUAGGACUGUGAGCAAAGUGGGGAGAACCAGCACUGAGGGACCAUGUAAGAAAAAGUUGUAAAAAUGUAUUGGAGGUGGGAUUGCUGACAGGAAGAGUUUGUCAUUUGUUUUAUAGGUCCAACGUAGGAGAAUAAUAUGAUUAUCUGUUUCCAGAAAGAUAUCUUAGAGGGGAAAAAAAAUCUUUGUUCCCAUGUCCUAAGUAGUUCAGGGUCGUUCACUACUGCCUUGAUGCGGAGUGUGAAAAAUUAGAAACAGCUCCAUAUAACCAGCUCUGAUAUGGCCACGCCAUGGAGUACGCUGCAGCAGGUCAACGCAGCAAAGAAGGUGUUUACAAACUGUUACGUUUAAUAAACAAGUGCAGAACAUUGUUCACAAUGGUAUACUACUGUUUGGGCAGGAAGUAGAGGCAGAAAAAGGAGUAAGCAGCAUAUUUGCAUAGGUUGGAUGUACACAAAAGAUCCCGGAAGGAUAAUUAAACCAAAAAAAGUGGCUAUGUGUGGCUCAUGCAUCGGAGCUGGGUAGACUGGAGACAGAAGGGAGAAGGAGACUUUCCUUUUAUAUGCAGUCAAAGAUGUAGGGGAAGAACAAGGCUGAUAGUAACUACUGCAGUCAGAUAGGGGAGCAAGAAGCCUGAGGAAAGGCCAGUGGAUAUUGAGAUCUCGAGGGUACUCUUGAAGGCUCAGCAUGGUGAGGAGGUUGGAAGUCAAUUAGCUGAGCCUCAGGGAGGAAAGGGGGGAGCAGAAAUGGAGACAGGAAGUGUCUCUUAAGGAAAGGAAAGAGAGGCUGUGACGGAACAGUAUCUUAGGGUGGUGGAAAUGAGACUUGGGGUGCAGUUUAAGAGGCCAGGGGAGGCUCAGUUUGGGAGAGAGCUGGGUCCCCAAUGAGAGAAAACAGCUUACUGUUCUUUAUGUGGAGUGUGAUGCAGCUGCCGCCACGUGGAGCAAGGCAGGUGUCAGAACCCAGAAGGCACCCCAACUCCUUGGUCUCAAAGAGGCAUCGAUAACAGCGCAGAUAUUUGGGGAGCUGAAGUGGAGGCGAAGCUUCCCGAUUGACAGCAAACUUACCUAGAACACAGGGGAGCACUGACCCCAAGCCUCUGCCUACCCAGUUGCAGGCUAGUGGACCCCACUAUUCCUUCCUCACCUCCCCAUCUCAGCAAAACCAUAAAACCAUCAAUUCUUUAAAGUCAUCUGGUUUAACCUUCCAUCCAAAGCUUUAUUCCUCACUGAAAUCUCUUUGGUUUUUGGUCCUCUUCUACAGAAAAGAGGAAUAUGUUCACUCAUUCACUCGCUGGUAGAGGCUGCAGGCACUAGUGAUAGGGGAAGUCCUGGGCCAGACCUCAAAUCCUCUCAUCCCUUCAUUCCACACAGACUUAUCAUCACUACGCCUCACCCUACCCAGGGCCCAAAAUUGAAUUCAUUCAUUCAACGUGUAUUUGAGGGGCUAACAUGUGCCCAGCACUCUGUAAGCCUCUAAAUUCAAAGGUUAGUCUGAGGCAUCCCAUUCCAUUUUGAAGCAACCCUGUUAGCACAGUUCUUCCACUGUGAAUUGGCUUCUCAGUCCCCCACCAUCCUGGUCACUCUCACUUGAACAUGCUUUCUUAAUCUGUUAUGUUCAGAAGUGAAAACAAGAAUGUAUCAGAGGGCAGGAAGAAUCUCUUCCAGUAGACAGGAAACUUCAAGCAGCCCAGGGCCACAUUCUUUGUUUUUGGUGGUUUUAUCACUGGACAGACUCAUCUUAAACUCUGUCUACCAAAAGCCCCAUUCUCCACUUGCCCUCCCCAAACUGCAUGCGUAUACAUAUUCUUUUUCCUCUGGUCCCAGGCCCAGGCCACAUAACGUUAAGGUGUCCCCAGACCCAGACUCAGAGCCCUUGGUGUCAGGCAGCUGCUGAACAAACAUUUUGGAUCCUGUUUGAACACAGAUUGUGCUUUGCAGCCAAUUGAGGAAGCCGUCAUUCUGGAUUAGGCCUUAUUCUACUCUGUGGAUCCUGUUUCCAUCAUUUGCCAUGUUCUCCAACCCUCUCUAUUCUGUGUCUGCCUUCAGAUUUGAAGAGGAUCCCUUUAGCAUCUCCAUUCAGGUCACUGCUGUUAAGUGACCAGCCCUGGUCGGUCACUAAAAAUCUCUCUCAGGGUGACCACUAGUUCAUUAUCAGUCCCCAGGCAUUUGCCUACCACUUCCUCCUAUCCCAUCUUCCCUCCUGCCUGGAUUUACCUGAGCGUCCUGGGCAGAUGCACCCAGUCACUUGGUGUUUGUGGAUGUCCCCAUUUAGCAGGCCAGGAGACCCCUCUGAUCCCUCAAAGUCACUUACCAAACACCAAGCUCUUCAUUACCAGCACUAAUAAGAGCACCAUGCAUAGGCCUUGGGAGGUGCUGCGGAGACCCAGGAGCCCAAGACUCCGGCUACCUGCACAGCCUGCCAUGAAAUGCAUGACUGCCCACUAGCCCCUAGUUUGGGCUUAUAUUGGUGGAACAGCAAUUGGCCAAGAGGAAGGAGAGUGGCAACACCACUUUAGGGUGGAAUCAGUGCCAGAACCGUCAGAGGCACAAGGCGUCCUCACCCACAGGCAGUCUGAUGGUCUAACAUCCUGGCUCAGGGGCAAGAGCCCAGCAAAGGGAAAUGAGAGGGGGACUUUCUAUUAAUUCAACAGACAUUCACUGAAUCACUGAAUCAGGAGCUGGGAACACAACGGUGCACGAAGUCCCUGCCCUUACAGGGUAUACAGUCUAGUGGUGAGGACAAGUCAACAAGGAGUGGUGAGGGAAGGACGGAGUGGUUCCCUGGGAGCAUCUGGGCAGGGAAAUCACUGACUAAAGAGAUUUCAGCGGAGAAGUAACAUGAUCAGAGUGCUGAUUGUAAAAAUCGCUGUGGCUGCACACUGGAAGAGUGGAGGCAGGGAAACCAGUUAGGAAGCUAUUCCUGCGUUCAGUCACAAGGUGGCGGCCUGGCCUAGCAGAAAGGCGGUGUGGAAGCUGAGAAGCGGAUGAAUCCGAGGUAUAUUUAGAAGAAACACUGGACAGAUUUGGUGUCAGACUGGAUGUGGGGAGAGGGAAGGCCGACAGGCUUGCAUAAGGGGGUGGUUGGUGGUACCAUCUUACAAGAUGUGAAAGCCUGGCACUGUCAGAAAUACAAAAGCGAGGACUUAAACGGGUCUCGAGUAACCCCCUCCUCAGCCCCGGUGCCUGGUGCCCCUUUGGGGUUCCGGUAAACCAGCGCCUUCUCCCCACUCUUUCUCUCGCCCCUCUCAAGCUGCGGGUUCAUGGGUCUGAUCUCCGGCGCCCACGAGCUCCGGCACGGCGUGUUCGCUCUCCGCGCCUGACUGCACCUCAGACCUCCUCUGAGGACGCGGGGGCGGUACUGCCCAAGCUCAGCUCUCGGCCAGGCGGUGUUUCCGAAACCUGGGAAGCGCCAAUCCAGCCUCAGUAUCCAGACGUCCGGCCCCAGUGGAUACCAGAGCACGGCGCGGCUGCUCCGCAAGGUGGCGCUGUGGCGCGGCCGUCCGUUCCAGGCUGAGAUUCCAGAGAAUAGUGCUGCAACCAAUGAGCCGCAGUGGGCGGCCCCCAGAGGCCCCGCUCGUUUCCUCUCCUGGAGCCUUAGUACGUUCUGUUCGAGACUCAGGGUUUUUACUUUAAGGACUGAUAGGCAGUGAAGCCCUCGGCGUCCAGGAACGACACCACCUGUCCCUAUUUCCCAGCUGGAGUUUCUGGGCGGGGCCCUGCAGUCGGGUUCCCUGCUAGGGCCCCAGGCUACUCAAGAAUUAUCCGGUUUCGGGGGUGUGGUGGGGAAUAUGCGAAGAAAGAGACAAACGCCAAAAAAAGAUGGAUGGGAAGAAAACGAGCGGAAAACGCACGCCACUACGUCAAAAACCUCAAACCUGUUGCCAGUUAGUUCAUUCGGACUGGUGGUGCCCUCACGUGUUAAGAGUAGGGCUGCUCCAAAGGGUUUUCUUGGCUGUAAUCUUUAACCAGACCUUUCUUCCGCGGAGCUGUUGAGUGGGUUCAAACCGCCAAUACUUAGGUUAGCAACCAGCUGCAAGCCGUUUGAGUCAUCCAGGAACCUUCUCCUCCUAACCCCCUCAUUCUGAAAUACAUGAAUCCAUAAAUUGUGUUAAAGGAAAGUCAGUAAUAGAAAACUGGGGAGAAGCACAAAUGUCUGUUGAAUGAAUGAGUGGACAGAAUGAUAGACAAAAGGAAUUAGAGAGCAGGAGCUUGACGCAAAGAGGGCAAAGGUACACAGAGGGGCCCUCACAUCGCCCUCCGAACCCCUUUUGCGAAUAUGGCCACAACUAAAGGGCAAGGACUAGGCAGCUAUGGGAGGGGUCGCCCUGGGAGGUCCAGGAGGACAGGCUGUGGAGCUACUGCGACGACCGUGGGCCCCAGGGUCACGGUUGUGUAGACGCCGCUGGUAUUUCGGGGAUGGGCGGGGCCUCGCGCGGACACUGCCUUCUUUGGAGAGGCGUGACCUCAGAGUCCUUAAUCCCACACUUGUUUCGGUCUCUCCUCCAGUCCAUAAGGCAGGGCGCGGCCAGUGUGCAGGACUCUUCUCAGAGCCCUGAGAGUUCCUUGCGGGGUGAUGGGCUCUAUCAAGGCGUUCCUGGGGUGAAGAGGCGGGGCAUUGUAAUAGUCGCCCUGGUGACAGCAGCGGAGACAAUGUCCACGCCAGAUGCCCCCCUUCGGGACAAGGGAUACCUAAGGGUAAUCGGCCUAGUAACGAAGUAAAGGAGGUGGGGGAUCUGAGAAUAGACCCUAUAACUAGGGAAAUGCAGCAGGGCCAGAGGGGCGGGGCUAGAGAAAGUCUUCCCUAGGGGAGAACCAGCUUCCUCUGUUGAGGAGCGAGGCCCUGGACUGCUGUCUGGAUAGGAUAUAGAGAGAGGUCUUUAACCCGAAUAUAAAUGAAUUGAAAAAGUGCUAAGGACUAGACUCCUGAAGGAGCCCUUAUGGCUUGCUGAUUGAUUGGGUGGAUGGACGGACGGACUGAUGGACGGACGGAUGGAUGAAUGAUCUGGCUAUUCCCAGCUCCUAGACCCCACACCCUCAGGGGCUCUCACUCACUUGGGACAGCUAUGCGGGAGACACAUGCAGCUCACGGGGGUGUAGAGCAGAUCCUCAGUCCAAGCACGAAGCCCAGAGCUCACACAGCACCUCACACAUGGAGCAGUGCAGCUUGGAGCUGGCAUCAAUGAUAGGGUAGGAUAAGGGGUGGCCCAGCCCAGUGACCACCUCUUCUUCCCACGCUUCCCACCCAGGCUCUAACUCCCCUUUCUCUCAGCCCUCAUCCUCUCCCCCAGUUUUCCCAGCUCCUUAGGCCCACCUGGGCCUCCAAGCCUCACCUGGCGCCCAGUACAGCAGGGCCCAGAGCCCCAGCAGCUGUGGGGUCUGCAUCUCAGCUGGUCGUCCCCUGGAGCUGCUGGAACCUGGUUAUACAGGGUGAGAAGUGGAUGGGAAGCUGGUCCCACCUCAGGGAGGGAGUGGUUCUUCACCCGCUCUGAGUGAUCUGAGAUGGUAGACUGGGGCUUCUGGGUGCGGCUGUCCAGGAUCCAUGUUGCAUUGAGCCUCCCUUUGCCCACCCACUCCAGGUAUCCAAGGGUACCCUUUAUGGUCCAGAGACCCUCAUGGCAUCCACCAUUCCCUAUAGUAUGUGUGGGAAGCAGGGGAAAAGUGGAGAUAGGGGCAGAUCAGCAGAAUCCUUAAUGGCCAUGGCCAAGAAGAGGGAGUCCUUGGUCUCCAGCAGUGGGAGGUCGAGAUGGGUGCCCCGUAUUUGCAUUUAAGGAUGUUCCCUUAGCUGAACAAAGACUUGGUUUCCAGGCGAUCAACUGCUCUGGUGGAUCUGGGUGGGUGAGGUUCAAAACCAUGCAGCUGGUCCCACAGCUGCACGCUCCAUGCUCCACAUCUCCCACUCUGUUCCUCCCUUGGAGUGAACUGGGUGGGGGGGUGCCAGUAUCAGCUCUCCACUUGCUAUUUGCUGAAGGUGGAGCAUUCUGGAGCUGUGGCUACCUCCCCUCUUGACCCCAAACUUUAGGCAUCAUAUUACCUGACAAGUCUCUGUUUGCUGAAGGUGGAGCAUUCUUGACAAGUCUCUGUUUGCUGAAGGUGGAGCAUUCUGGAGCUGUGGCUACCUACCCUCUUGACCCCAAACUUUAGGCGUCAUAUUACCCAAGUCUCGGGUCCCCACCCACCACCUUCAGGAGCUGCUGACCAGCUGGGGGCAGAUACAACCCCUGUUCUCUCCCUGCCCCUAGGAUCACAGAGGAGCUUUAUGCACUGGGAUCCAAAGAGACACAGAAAUCAGCCAGAGAAUGCAUCUAGGGUGUCAGAACAUUGUCACCCAUGCUAAGCAUCUUGUUCAAACAGUGGACCCAGGGUGGUAAACCAGGGGUGUUUCACCUGGAAAAGAGAAGUUUCCAUGGGAAGAAGGUGCCCAGGCAACAAACUGGUGGGUGGAAGAGGGACUCAUUCUGUUCUAAGAGGUCCAAAGAUUAGAAAUAGGAUGGAAGUUACAGGCAAACCAAUUUCCUCAGCUUCAACUUAAGAAUUUUCUUCUAAUAGAGCUAUCCAAAACUGCAAAGUGUGGCUUUGGGAGGACAAGUCCUUGGCACCUGGCCCUCGGUCCCCGGCAAGCCGUUUGUUGAACUGCAAACAGGAUGGGAGGAAAGAGACCUGAUGACACAGCGAGGAGGGGGUACAGUGUUUGCUGGGUAAGACAUGGGGAGCAGGCUGCCUCUCACUCCCUGUGGGAAUAAGCCAAGCAAGGAAAAUCAAGGGUACUGAUGAUGAAACCAUGCAGGUUGGGCUUGGAAAUCAAUAGAGCAGAGUAGGUGAAAUCAGGUUCUAGGAAACCCAUUGCCAUCAAUUCCGACUCAUAGCAACCCUAUAGGACAGAGUAGAACUGCCCAUAGGGUUUCCAAGGCUGUAAAUCUCUACAGAAGCAGACUGCCACAUCUUCCUUCUGUGGAGUGGCUGGUGGGUUCAUACCACUGACCUUUCAGUUAGCCGAGUGCUUUAACCACUGCACCACCAGGGCUCCUCAGGUAUUAGGAAAUGCUUUGCAGACAACAAAGCUUGUAAACAAUAAGAGGCAGCCAUGGGCUUCUUGGGUGGUUGUAUACAGGACGGACUGAGGAAGAGGGCAGUGGCCAGGGAGACUGCUGAGCAGACUGCACAGUGGGUGGUGAGAAUGCCAGGCACGCCAGGGAAGGGUGAGGCUCGGUGACCCGCUGCAUGAGGACAGAGUAGAGGCUAAAAGCCUGGGGUACAGUGGAUGGGGAGGGAUAAACUGGACCACCUGGGAGUAGGGUGCCCCAAGACCCAGUCCUUUGAGGCCUCAGCUGUCCCUACUGCCAGCCCUGGCUCCCUGGACAUUCGGGAAGUCACACAAUCAGCCAGCCAGUAGAAAAAAUACCUUUUUAUUAAUCAUUAGGAAUAAUUCACUCAUUUAAUGCAGGGUUUUAUACUGGGGAGGGGCGGGUACUGCCAGGUGGAAGAAGGGAAACGUGCAAGAGGAACAGUGAGAGGGGGAUGGUCCCCACUUUCACAAACUAUAAACAGCAACAUGAAUGGAGAAUCACAAAUAAGAGGGUCCCUCCUCAUGCCCCCUCCCAUCCCAGUCCUCCAGAAUGAGUCCCAGCGUGGUCCCUAUAGGUGCCAGGGCAUCUGGAAGCUCUGGGCCGGAAGCGGAGUGCAGUGUGUGGCCUCAAAGUUGUGCAGAUGCUUCCGAGCCUGA